AUGAGCGAGAAUACGAAGCCACGUCCGGAACAGAUUCACGAGAGCGUCUACAUCGCCCCGGGGGCGGUGGUUAUUGGCGACGUCACGAUUGGCGAAGAAUCGAGCGUGUGGUUCAACGCCGUGCUGCGUGGUGAUGUCGAGGCGAUCAAAAUCGGAAAGCAGACGAAUAUCCAAGACGGUUGUGUGCUACAUGCCGAUCCAGGGUUCCCCUGCACGCUCGGCGAUGGCAUCACCGUCGGUCACGCGGCCAUCGUGCAUGGCGCGACCGUUGGCGACAACGUCACGAUUGGGAUGAAGGCCGUCGUGAUGAACGGUGCCACCGUCGGAGAAAAUUCCAUCGUGGCCGUAGGGGCGGUGGUGACCGAAGGGACUCAAAUCCCACCCGGCUCGCUGGUGAUUGGCAUUCCUGGCAAGGUGAAGCGCGAACUCAGCUCUGAGCAGAUAGAAAUGAAUCGCAUGGGGGCGGCGCACUAUGUCGAGAAUGCCAAGGCGUUCGCCAAGAGCGAUGCGGAAGACGCUUGA